AGUGUCCAAGGCAAGAGCACGACAUCGUAUUCUUGAUUGAUGGCUCGGGUAGCAUCUCUUCCUCAGAUUUUAAAAAAAUGAUGAACUUUGUGAAAGCUGUGAUGAGCCAAUUCCAGAGACCCAGCACACAGUUCUCCCUGAUGCAGUUCUCUGAUAAAUUCUGGAUACAUUUUACUUUCAACAAAUUCAUGGCCGCUUCAAGCCCUUUAAGCCUGUUGGAGUCUAUGGGACAGCUUGGAGGAUACACACACACAGCCACUGCUAUCAGCCGGGUCAUAACAGAACUGUUCACGGCCCAAAGUGGAGCUCGGAAAGAUGCCACCAAGGUCCUCAUUGUCAUAACUGAUGGGAUGAAACAAGGUGAUGACAAGAAUUAUGAUGUCGUCAUCCCCAUGGCAGAGGCUGCAGGCAUCACCCGUUAUGCAAUCGGGGUAGGAAGCGCCUUCUCCUACACAUAUUCCAAACAAGAAUUAAAUGAGAUUGCGUCGGUGCCUUCCGAAGAGUAUGUUUUCAACGUGGAGAACUUUGAUGCUUUGAAGGAUAUUCAGAACCAGCUGAAGGAGAAGAUCUUUGCCAUCGAGGGUACAGAGACAGCCAGCAGCAGUUCUUUUGAAUUGGAGAUGUCCCAGGAGGGCUUCAGUGCCGUGUUUACGCCUGAUGGACCAGCUCUAGGGGCUGUGGGAAGCUUCAGCUGGUCUGGAGGCGCCUUCUUACACUCCCCAAAUACGAAGCCCACCUUCAUCAACAUGUCUCAGGAGAAUGUGGACAUGAGGGACUCUUACCUGGGUUACUCCACCGCACUGGCCUUUUGGAAGGGGGUCCACAGCCUGGUCCUGGGGGCCCCUCGCCACCAGCACACGGGGAAGGUUGUCAUCUUUACCCAGGAAUCCAGACAGUGGAGGCCCAGGACUGAAGUCAGAGGGACACAGAUCGGCUCCUACUUUGGGGCGUCCCUCUGUUCUGUGGACAUGGAUGGAGAUGGCAGCACUGACCUGGUCCUGAUCGGUGCCCCCCAUUACUAUGGGAAGACCCGAGGGGGGCAGGUGUCCGUGUGCCCCAUGCCCGGUAGG